AUGGUGGAGCACGCGCUCGUCGACUGCUCCCAGGCGAGCGCCAUGCAGACCGUCCCGCCGCCGCAGCGCGAGGCCGACGGCGACCAGCUCGCCGACGAGUAUGUGCAGAACUUCGAGCUCGACCAUCUAGAGGACCACCACCUCGUCAAGCGCGAGCCGCUGCGCAGCGGCUGGCACGAGCUCAUGGAGACCCCGCCGGCCUGCGCGCGCGCCUGCCGCCCCUGGCCCGACGCGGGGCCCUACCCGCAGCCGCACGUGGCCAUCGCCGUGGACCCCAGCACGCCGCCCGAGACGCCGCCCGCGCCCGUGGGCCGCAGCCCGUGCCGCGCCGCGCUCGUGGACGACGUGCUGUGGCUGCCGCACAUGCGGGAGCCGCUCGACAUGCGCACCGUGCCCUGCGGCAACUUCGAGGACUGGGAGCGCCGCGAGUGGCGCGAGCAGGACCACCACAUGCAGCAGGUGGCGCUGCGGCCCGCCAGCUCCUGCUCGGCCGUGUCGCCGCGCACCGGCCAGCACCAGUCCUACCCCGGCUCGUCGUGCGGCGACGACCUCAUCAGCGACGACCUCCUAAUGACUCUGAGUGUGCGUGAACUGAACAAGCGGCUGCACGGCUUCCCGCGCGAGGACGUGACGCGGCUGAAGCAGAAGCGGCGCACGCUGAAGAACCGCGGCUACGCGCAGAACUGCCGCAGCAAGCGGCUGCAGCAGCGCCAGGAGCUGGAGCUGACCAACCGCUCGCUGCAGGACGAGCUGCACGUGCUGCAGUUGCAGGUGGCGCGCGUGACGCACGAGCGCGACGUGCUGAAGCAGCGGCUGGCGCUGGUGGGGCGCGAGCACGCCGUGCCGCAGCACGCGCCGCCCACGCCGCACUCGUCGCCCGAGUUCUUCUCGGAGCUGUGA